AUGGUGAUUAGGUUUCACGAAGCCAGUGGUGUUCGAAAGAGGUCGAUAUCAAUCAGGUUUGCAUUUGAUUCCUGCUGUUGUAUAUGUGGGACAAAGUCAUCAUCUUCACGUUUCACUGCUAGUCAAAGAUAUGCUGAACAUUUUGGUGCUUGCUUUGGUCCACAAGCUGCUACACGUUCAGGUGAUUUAUGCAAUGCAUGUGUACUCUGCGUUAAACGUUGGCUGCAGCGGGGCAAACAGCCUAAUUUCUUUAUACAGGUUCUUGAUAGUAAAAAAGGUCCAGGACCAAAGCACAUGAAAGAGAUUACUAAACGAGCACGUCGUCGUGAGGCUAAACAACAGCAACAAGCAGCAGCAAUAACUGUUGGAGUCAAAGAACAAAAAGGCAUCAAGUUUACAUCUGUUACUCCCACCACCAGCACUCGUUCAACAUGCAGUAAUGGUAAUCAUUGUUCAAAUACAUCUGGAUCACGUUCCAAUUUUCAACAUACACUAGCGAACACAAAGUCAGAUUCUUUUCCGUUCAAAUCAAAUAAUUGUAUUCAUAGCCAAUCGGCUAUGUCAUGUCAACAAUUAUGUGGUAGGGUGGUGACAACAAGUGGACUGGAAGUGACACGUUCAAGUACACAACAAUCUCAAUCGGUUUCAAAUGGCCAUCGAUACAACAAUACGCAUAACAACAAUAAUAGUCUUAGUCAUUAUAGUCGAUCCGUUCAUCAUCAUCAUCAUCCUCACAAUAAUAAUAGUAAUAGUAAUUGUUGCAAUUCGUCAAAAUCGCAUAGAAAUGGAGGUGUAGAACAUCGACGUUGUUCUUGUCUACGCAUAGAUCAAGAAGAACACUCAACUAAAAUAUCCUCUUCUCAAGGAGCAACAAGAACUCGUGCAGCUGCUGCAAGACAAUUGGAAGCAGCUAGUGCUGCAGCAGCAGCAGCUGCUGCUGCUUUUGCUCAAAAUCCAACUACUUUAUUGUCUUCCUCUACACCGUCACAUAACAAUAAUAAUAAUAAUCAUAAUAGUAUAGACAAUUGUUUAUUGGUUCAUUCAUCAGAUAGUUCAAUGCAAACCCACAAUAUCACAUUAUCAGACUCUAGUGAAUAUGAAAGCAUGAAUUGUGGAUACGAUGUAUACGCAUGUUGUUCAGCUUUGUGUAUGUCAUCCUCUUCUUCAUCAUCUUCAAGAUGUCCGGCAGCAACACAUUCAAAUUGUUUAUCUUCUUGUUGUUGCUGUUGUUGCAGUAAUUGUUGUGGAUAUAAUGGAGGUGGUGACAGUCGUGGUGGUUGUGGAAGUACUAGUGGUUGUAGUGGUAGUACAAGUGGUAUUGGAUCGAAUUCUUCAAAUCUCUCAAUUAGUAGUCCUACUAAUAGUAAUUGUUCAAGUAUUAAACAUAAUACAUGUAGUAAUAGAAAGCAGAAUAAUUCUCCAAAUAGUAUAAAUGAUAAACCAAGUGGAAUUAACAAUUUUUCCACAGAUAUCAGUUGUACCAUUCAACAAUCAUCCCAUCAUCACUAUCACUGUCGACGAGUUAAUGAAUUUCGUCAUCCCCAACCACCACAAACUAGUCAAACAGUUGGUUGUAUUACAUAUCAUAAUACAAAUGGUCGUGAGAAGAAUUUAUCUUCAUCUAUAAAUGGUAUCUCUAAUGACUACUGUGACAAUAUAAAUACAACUAAUAAUAACAAUCGAAUAUCUUCUGUUUCAUUAAUCCAAACGAGCUCAAUUGUGAAUAUGAACUGUAGUGAUUUAAAUGUGCAUACAACAACUAAGAGUACAACCACAACAGUCUCAACAAGUACAACAACUAUUCCUACACGACGUUAUAAUCGUAGAGUUGUCCUACCUCCUGUAAGAAUGACACAUAAUCCUGAAGUGGAUUCAUUAUUACGUGAAAUAAUGGAGAGAAAUAGUCAAGCUGUGAAUUUCGAUUCUCGUGAAAUGCAUAUGGCUGUUCAACAAGAAUUACGAUUACGUAGUCGUACUAUACACACUGCUGCUUCAGCCUCUGGUGGAUCAGUUUCUGGGCGUGCAUCAUCAAUCAGUUCAGCAGAUGGUUCUACAGAAGCUACAAUUGGCUCGAGUAGUCAAACAUCCAUUCCUAAUGGUGUAAAAUGCAAUCACGCCAUUCACCAUCAUCAUCCUCAUCAUCAUCACCACCAUCAUCAUCAUCAUACAGCAAAACGUCGCUGUUCACAUCAUUGUUGUUUCAGUAAUGGUUAA